AAGGGGGAUGUUUGGGAUUUAGUGAAUGGGUUGUGUUGAAAUUCUAGUUCUUUUAGUUCCUCAUAUCGAUGGUUGGUGUUCUGGGUGAUAAAGUGGGAGUUUUGGAUUUGUGAAAUGUGUGAUUUAAGCAAAAAAUGAUCAUGGAAGUCAAUUUGCUGUGCUGAUAAGCAAUUGAAAAUGAUUUUAUUAUGUCCCAUUUGAUAUCUUCGUAUCUGAGAAUCAACAAAUUCAACUAUGCAUUGUAAAUAAAUUGUUGAGGUGUUCUAUCGGGUUCCCUUCUGGUUUAUUUCCUGUCCAUAGAUCCCAUUGUGCUUGGUUGCAGAGAUGGAUAGUGGCGCAGGUCCCAGUUUGUUUCCGUUGCACCGUUGCAAGACUAUUCACCUGGUCAGGCAUGCACAAGGUAUCCACAACGUAGAGGGAGAGAAAAGCUACAAAGCAUACAUGAAUCCAGAAUAUUUUGAUGCACACCUCACUCCACUAGGCUGGCAGCAAGUAGACAAUUUGCGCAAGCAUGUUCAUACAUCUGGCCUUCACAAGAAGAUUGAGUUGGUCAUUGUAUCUCCUUUGCUAAGAACACUACAAACAGCUGUAGGAGUAUUUGGGGGUGGGGACUACACAGAUAAAUUGGAUAUACUGCCGAUGAUGUUGGCAAAUGCAGGGAAUAGUGGACGUGGUGCAAUUUCUAGUCUUGACUGUCCACCAUUCAUAGCAGUAGAGCUUUGUCGUGAACAUUUGGGAGUUCAUCCUUGUGAUAGGAGGAGAAACAUCAGUGACUACCAGUUUCUGUUUCCAGCAGUUGAUUUUUCACUGAUAGAAAGUGAUGAGGAUGUGCUAUGGAAGGACACUGUUAGAGAGACAAAAGAAGAAGUUACAGCCAGGGGAUUGAAGUUUAUGAACUGGUUGUGGACAAGAAAAGAGAAGGAGAUAGCAAUUGUUACUCAUAGUGGUUUUUUGUUUCAUACACUUAAGGCAUUUGGAAAUGAUUGUCAUCCAUCGGUGAAAAGAGAAAUAUGCAAACACUUCGCAAACUGUGAGCUUCGCGCUAUGGUCAUCGUGGAUAAAAGUAUGGCAGGCUCGGAUUGGUCAACGAUUAACUAUCCAGGAAAGAUUCCUCCUGGUCCAGAUAUCUCCAGCGAUAAUGACGAAAACCUUGAGAAAGAAAGCUCUAACUCUUGAUCUACACCAAAUUUGGUAAAGGGUAGAGGAGAGAAGAAAAGCUGAGAAAAUCCGAUUCUAACUGUGAUUUGUUCAUCAAUUUCUUGGUUAAAAUAUCUGGCAUUUCCAUGUAAGUGCCAUAAAGGCUUAUUUGUUUAGACACCUUACAAUUAAUUGAAGUGUCAUUUGGUCGUCACAAGUGAGAGUGCCCCUUCCAAGUCUCAUCUCUUUUCUUUUCUUUUUUCCUUAAGAAAUUGUUUGCGUUUUGUGUUAAACAAAAUUAUGGGUUUUGUUCAAUCUUUUAGAUGGAAGAUGUGUUGAAUACAUAUGGGUUAUGGUUUGCGUGGUCAUAUCAAGUCUCGAAUAACAUUAAGAUUCUG